AUGUCUGAGUCAUUGGAGUUGGUACAUAAAUGGAGUCACACAUAUUCUAUUUUAUCCACAUGUGCAUUUCCUCGUAAGAAAUUGUUGUUUGCCGGUACACAGGAUUCAAAGAUUUUAGUGUUCGAUACUGUUACUUACAACCUAAUUAAAGUAUUACAUCUGGGUCAAUCUAUCGAUGUGAACACUAGAUCAAGUGUUCUCUGUUUGGAUAAAUCAAUGGAUGAAAACUCUCUAUUCUCAGCAGGUGCGGACUCUUUGGUUAGAAUAUGGUCAAUUGGUGAAGUAAUCAAUACGGUUGAUACUGAUGUGAAAAUUGAUGAAUUGGUCACUAUUUAUUCAGUGACAGAUAUUGGCGAUAUUUUCUCAAUUAGAUAUAUUGAUUCCUUAGAGACCUUAGUGUUCGGAUGCCAGAAUGCAAGUUUAUUAUAUUUGGAUAAUGUUUUUAAAAGAUUACAAGGUGUUUUAUCAAGUGACGAAUCAAAUGCAAAUAGAUUGCCACAUAGACGUUAUAAUAAAUUUUUUGAUUCUAAUGGACCUACAGGUUCAGCUAGUCCAUUUUUAGCUAAGGAAUCAUCGAUUGAAAGUUUCUCCCUGGACGAAAAUCCUGCAAUUUUGAGUAAUACAAUACUGGAGAUUCCUUCGAGUAAUAUUGUCAAUUAUGCACAUAAUGGGUUCAUAUAUUCAAUAUGUGAAUUAGAUUCACAAUUUAAGGAUUUACUAGAAAGUGAUUGUAGUGGGUGCCCUCCCGUUAAAGAUGCCACUAUUUCUGAAUAUAUUAUUAGUGGUAGUGGUGAUGGGACUUCAAAAGUUUGGGUAUUUGUUGCCGAUGAACACAACGAUGUUGCAUUAUAUUUUUGUAAAAUGUUAGAUUGUGAAGAUAGUGUGCUAUCUCAAGACGUAGAGUUUCCAUUCCUUUAUUGUGGGUUAGGCGAUGGUUUAGUAAAAAUUUGGGAUUUAAGUACAAAUCAAAGUGUCUCAACUUUAUCAACCCCUAUUAAAUCAGAUAUUAUUUCAUUGUCUGUAUAUAAUGAUUGCAUAUAUGCCGCAAAUGAAAGUGGUAUAACUCUUUUCCAAAAUGGUGAAGUCGAAUUAAUUAAUACACAUCAAGGUAAAAUUUUAAGUUCUGGUAUAUUUGAAAGAAUUGGACCAAAUGGGAAAGUUUAUCCAAAUCUAUUAACUGGUGGUAAUGAUGGUUCGUUAACUUUAUGGAAUUUAUCAUGCACAGUUUGUGGUAAAGAUCUAAGUUUGACCCAAUUAGAAGAAAAUUGGUCUGAUUCGAUGCAGACGCAGAACGUUAAUACGGAAAAUAUGUUAGAUACCCUCAAGGAUCUAAUAGCGUUUGAAACAGUCUCUCAGAACAUGGAAGGCACAAGUUUUGGAUUAUCAUCGAGAAGAUGUGCUACUUAUUUACAACAGUUGUUUGCGAAUCUUGGUGCUUCUCAAUCCAGAUUAUUACCUAUUUCUGACUCUUUAAAUCCAACUGUUGUGGCUACUUUCACUGGCAAUGAAAAAAGUGAAAAUAAACGUAGAAUACUUUGGUAUGGUCAUUAUGAUGUAAUCCAUCCAGGUGAUAGAGACAGAUGGAAUACUGCUCCAUUUACUUUAACUUGUGAAAAUGGUUAUUUGAAGGGUCGUGGUGUUAGUGAUAAUAAGGGCCCCUUGGUGAGCGCUAUUCAUAGUGUCUCUAUGUUGCACAAACAAAAUAAAUUAAAAAAUGAUGUCAUCUUCCUACUUGAAGGUAAUGAAGAAAUUGGUUCCCCAGGGUUUGCAGAAGUUUGUAAAAAAUAUAAGAAUAUAAUCGGAGAACAAAUAGAUUGGAUUAUGUUAAGUAAUUCUACUUGGGUAGAUACUCUCCAUCCAUGCUUGAACUAUGGUUUAAGAGGUGUCAUUAAUGCAAGAGUCACGGUUUACUCCGAUGUACCAGAUAGUCAUUCUGGUGUUAGUGGGGGUAUUCUACAAGAACCAACAACUGAUAUAAUUAGAAUUGCAUCCAAAUUACAAAAUGAUGAUGACACAAUCAGCAUCCCAAAUUUCUACGAUAAUGUUAAAGAAAUUGAUCAAGAAGAGUUGAAACGAUUUUCUGAAAUUUCAGAAGUGGCGGAAAUGGAAAAGAAUGGCUCAACUGAAGAAUUAAUUAAAAAUUGGACAAAACCUUCAUUGUCUCUGACUACAUUAUGUACAAGUGGUCCUGGUAAUAUAACAGUUAUCCCGAGAUCAGCUUCUAUUGGUAUAUCUAUCCGUCUGGUUCCAGGUCAAAGCGUUGAUUCUGUAAAAGAAAACCUUCAAGAAUAUGUAACAGAAUGUUUUGAAACACUUUCAUCUAGUAACCACUUAAAGGUAGAAAUUCUUAACGUUGCCGAACCUUGGUUGGGAGACCCAAAGAAUGAUGCUUACCAAAUAUUAAAGGAAGAAAUUACAAAAGCUUGGAAUAUGCAACCACUAUUUGUAAGAGAAGGUGGUUCUAUCCCUUGUAUUCGUACGUUAGAAAGAAUAUUCGAAGCGUCUGCAGUACAAAUACCAUGUGGUCAAUCUACUGAUAAUGGUCAUUUAUACAAUGAAAAUUUGCGUAUUAAAAAUUUCUCUAAUAUGGCUGAGAUCCUUUAUAAUGUUAUUAAUAGGUUAUAG